AUGGAGACUCUCGCUCCUUCUUCUCGGCCGGUUCUCGUACAAUGGAUUGUUGACACUCGCACACUCUGGCCUGAAGCCACACAAACUCGCCAGCUGGCGACUGUCCUAACAGACAAGGCCUCCCGAGCACUUGAGGCUCUCUUGACUGAUGAAGAGCGCGCCGGCGUGCUCAAGUACUUCCACGUGCGGGACGCCAAGAUGGCGUUGGUAUCGCAGCUGCUCAAGCACCUGGUCGUGGCUCGUUGUGGCCAUGCCGACGGCCGUGCGCCUGUUCCGUGGCGUAAGACGGUCCUCUCUCGGGGCACGCACGGAAAGCCAGUCUACUAUGUUGACCCCAGCAGCAAAGCGCAGCCAGUCGUCUUCAACGUCAGCCACCAGGCCGGCCUUGUGGUGCUGGUUGCUGUGUUCGGUGGUGACGACCUGGGGGGCAUUGACGUGGGCAUUGAUGUGGUGUCGCCGACGGAGCGCCGCACGCGUGAUUUGCAAAUGAUUGCCGACGCAAAUGCCACGUCCCCGUCCUCCGGCUGGCCGCAUUUUGUGGAUGUGCACGCCGACGUCCUCGCGCGCAGCGAAGUGCGCUUCCUCGAGAAUCUGGCAACCCGUGACGACGACGAACUGCUGCGGGCGUUUUAUGCGUUGUGGUGCCUGCGUGAAGCCUAUGUCAAGAUGACCGGCGAGGCUCUCCUGGCAGAAUGGCUCGCCGAACUCGAGUUCAAUGCGUUUCAAGUUCCCAAAGCUCCUGGCCCAGCAAAAGGUCCUCUUUUCCAGGGCGACAUGGUGACAAAGCAUGACGUCCAGUUCCGCGGUGCGGCCGUCGGCGACCAAGUCAACGUGUGCUUGCGCAGCGUCGGCGUGGACUACAUGGUAUGCAUAGCGGUACGUUCCAGGCCGGUCGAGACAGCCCUGGCGCUGCCCACGACUGACGCGCUCGAGGUGUUGCAAAUGGACGACAUUCUGGACUUUGCGGAGCGAUAUGGAUGA